CAUCGCUGUUCUGGUCAACAUUUUCAAAAAAAAAUUAUCCGUUGCACCUGCAUUUAUUGCUCCAACAGCCAUAUUUUUGAAAUUCUGGACGUUGGAGGCUUCCUUUUCUAUAUAUUGGAGCCUCCACCCCUCAUUUUUACACACACAAAACACAAUUCUCUCCCUUCCCUUUGCAUAAUUCAUCCUCCUUACAAGUUUUUUUUCCUCAUCAUGGGCAAAGACAAGAGCAGGGCCGCCACCUCCGGGAAAUCUAAGUCCAAAUCCCGGGCGCCUACGUCUUCCUCCGAGGAGCGCCUCUACUAUGGCGACGGGACAUACCUUUGGUUUGAUUCCGAGGAGGAGCGCGCACCUCUUCAUCAAGCCGGCCUUUGGCCGUUCGUCUCCCGGGCGCGCAAGGAGAUCAACCCGGCGCUGAUCCGGGCCUUCUACUCCAACCUCCGGCAUGAGGACAACGUGCUCUACUCACUCGUCAAGAGCACGCCGAUCAAGCUCACCGUGGAGCAGCUUGGGCGCAUCGCCGGCCUCCCCUUCCAAGGCGACGAUGUGUCUCACUAUGGUGGAGAGGAUUGGGUGCUCAACAAUGAGGGCCUUAUCCUCGACGAGCUUGGCAUCACCGAGCUCAAAUGCCAUGCCUCGGGCCGCCCAACCAUCCACUCCGCCAACCCCGAAGGGCGCCUCGUCCUCUACAUCGUCACCCGGAUCAUCAAACCCAGGAAGCACGGCCACACCAUCAUGCACGGUGAAGACCUCAAGCUUAUCCAUGCGAUCAUGCAUUCUGCCCCAAUCAAUUGGGCAAAGUUUGUCAUGAUCAACAUGACGAUUGCCCCGUCCACCGAGCACGACCACCUCCUCCCGUACCCGUUUUUGGUGAUGGACAUCCUUGAACGGUUCAAGGCCCGGGCCAACCUUGCCUCCAUCGCCGACUCCCUCAACCGGCUCCACCUCAAGGUUGACGGGAUGGGGAGUUAUCUUGAACGGCUCGACAUGGCUGUUCAACGCCAAGGAUACGCGAUGAACUCGUACUUCCAAGGCAUCAACUACGUCCCCCCACCGUACCACGGCACGUUCCUUGGGCAAGUUUACGGUGACGAGGACGAAGCCGAUGACUCCUACGCCCCGUCAAGCUCCCCGGAUGAAGACGAGUUCGACGAUGCCAUUGAUGUAUAUAUAAUGGGUUUAGAGAGAAGGAGCAGCGAUCCCCGGCAGCGAGAAUUUCACGACCACACUUCCGAGAAAUUCUUCGGAUACUAUGGCUUCUCUGGGUGGCGCUCCCUCGAUUCAAAUCACCGACCUCCCACACAAUCACAUAAAAUCGAAAGAUUUCCAGAUUAUAAGAAUAACUGGAACCACCGCAGGAAGACUCAGAAUCGUAGAUGGCCAUUCAGAUCCCCACACACAAAGGCUUUGGUGGAUUCCUAUGUCUUCAGCCGCUCUCAUAUGGUCACCUUGGGUGGUAAGGAGCAAGCCAUAGCCACAAUAUCUAGCCGCAACCAUAGAUUUACAUUCCGAACCCAAAAUAAGGUAUUUGAGCUAUUCCACUCAUAUUAUAAUAAAAACUUCUGCAUAUCUGAGUGUGGAUAUAGAAGAUAUGAUCUCUGGUUUGAUUUGGAUACAUUAAGAUGGAUUAUGGAAUCUCUUCCAAGGAUUUCUAUAAAUAGAGCUUGGGCUCUCUUUUCGUUUGGUGAUAACCGUACCAUUGAGUUAGCUGCUGGUUCAAAUAGAAGGGGUGACUUUGUUAAAAUCCAAGAGAAAAGAAAAGAGGGGAAGAGAUACAUCCUAAUCCCUACUGAUCCUAAGAAUGAUGAUUUGGCUCUGUUUUUCAAGGCAGUAUCUUCUUUCGUUGAUAAGGUCACCAAGGCUGCUACUUCUAAGCCUCUUGAGAUUGCCCAUGCCACCACUCCAAUUGCUCAAAUACCUGUUCAACCUCAGAAUUUACCAAUUGCCAAGACAGUUGAGCACCAGUUACUGAUUCCUCCCCAAUUGGCUACAUUGGGAAGCGUAACACCUGGGCUACAAUUUGACCAAUAUCACUCUGGAAGUGCAGAGUUUAAAGGAGAGAUUGAGGUUGAUGAUGGUGUUACCAAAGACACUUCUUCUCUUGAAUGUGAAAGCCUAGCUGCCACCAAGGAGGUAGCUGUCCUUAUCCCUUCCCUCUUCCCUCCUCUACCCUGCAGUACUAUGUCCCCUUUUGCUCCACCCUUCAUACCUGUGACGAAGAAUUCCUUUGCUGCACUUUUCUGUCAAGGACCUGGAAGAGAGAACAAAGUCAUUGAGCAUCAGGACCCUUUUUCAAAGAUCCAUGACAAGAGCCUAGUACAUAGUUUGAAUGCAGUGGAGGACUUUAUUGAGGACAGGGAUGGACCUAUACUUUAUACACACUCAGACGGAGAGGAUACAACAUUCAUAGACUCCAAGCUUAAGCCUUUGCAAAUUGACUUCUCAAGAUGUUCCAAACAACACUUAAACCUACGCAAGGAACUUAGGGGCACCAGAACAAUUUCUCCUUCUCAAAUAGUUACUAGAAGCAAAGCAAAAAUUCUUGAAGAAGGUAGGAAAAUAACUCCACUCUUAUGGGAGGAGGAUGAGUCCCAAGAUUCGUUUGAAGAGGAGGUCAUCAAUUGCUUUCGACUUUCCUGUCCAAACAAGAAGGAGGAGAGUUCCAAGAAAGCCAACAAACCUUUGACAAAAAGUCAAAAGAAGAAAGCAAAGAAAAGGCUAAAAAAGAGUUUGGCAACUGAUAUUGAAGAUGAGGAGGAUGAUUUUCAACACUGACCAUACGUUGUUUUGGAGCAACAAGUUUAGUGUUUCUGUUUUGGAUAUCAGUGUCAUGCAACCUCAUUCACAUUUCACCAAAUCAAGAAUAACCUAGGCCUGAGAACUUUAGUAUAUUUCUUUUGUUCACCCUCCGUGCAAGGGAAUUUGAGGGAUUGAUUGCAGCUAUUGAGACAAUGUAGUCUUUUAGUUAGACAUCAGGUUAAAAGAGGAUUUACUGAUCAUUUUGGACAGUGCCUUAUAGAUUAAAGGUCUGCAACUCUGAUUGUCUAGAAUCCCUUUCACAUGGUGUUUUGUUCUCCCCUCUCGGGCAUCUAGAGAAGCAAUUAGAUACAUGGAGAUGGUGAGCUUGAGUUACUUUGAGGGACUAUAUUUACAGUAUUUUAUCUCGCUCUACAACAGAUUUAGACAUGGCAGAUGAUUUUCCUUCAGACGAAAUCCAAGAUGAAUGAUUUAUCAACUAAGGGUUGUAAUUUAGCUUUUGUUUGACAUAGGCAGUCAAUGGCUUCUAGUUAGCAGUUUAAUGCUGCAAUCUCUUAUGGUUCUUACUGCUUGGUUCAACUGGAAUUCUUGCUUCUGGAGAAGCUUUUGGCCAGGAAAAAAAGCUAGUAGAUGGAACAGAAUGCAGGAAACAUGGGUAGUACUGUACAGAUGUUGUGAAGACCGUACUUGGAUUGAUUUUAGACAGCACUGCCAGCAUGGGUUUCAUUUUUAUCUCCUUGCCCUUGUUUUUAGAAUGUAUCUAGGCAUUAUCUUUUGGGUUCCUUGAUUUGGGCCGGUUGUUAGAGCGUGGGCCACCCUUUUCCUUUCUUUCCUUUUAUUUUAAUAAUAUUUCUUUAUAAAU